CGUCGCGGAAGUGAGCGCUCGGCGUGGGGGGCGGACCCUCCUUAUCGCCUCUAACAGACCGGGUUUCGCUUUCCAAGCCGAGCUUUGUGACACUGAGCGUGUGGCUGUAGCUCACUGCUACUGCUCUCCAGGCGUCAUGGCUGGGACGAUAAAGAACGUCGCGUUAUUCGGCGCCACGGGAAUGACCGGCCUGGUGACCCUGCCCCAGGCUGUCGGCGCAGGCUACAAUGUGACGGUGCUGGUGCGAGACCCCUCCCGCCUGCCCCCGGACCACAAGGCCUCUAGGGUGGUGGUGGGCGACGUCCUGAACAAGGAGGACGUGAAGAAGACGCUGGAGGGGCAGGACGCCGCCAUCAUCAUCCUGGGCACCGGAAACGACCUGAGUGAGUCUGAGCGCUGGGAGCCCACUGGUGAAACCCCAGGGGUUACCUGUACAACAGCCUUCCUUCUUGGGGAUCGCGGCAGGGUGCCCCCUCCUUUGGUGCCCAUCACCGAGGACCAUGACCGCAUGCACAGGCUUCUGAAGGAGUCGGGGCUGGACUACGUGGCAGUAAUGCCUCCACACAUUGCGGAUAACCACCCCUUGACCGAAAGGUACACCGUGACGGAGAACAUGCUGAAGGGGAAGGUCAUCUCCAAAUACGACCUGGGCCACUUCUUCGUCCACUGCCUGUCCACGACGGACUGGGACAGGAAGACCGUGGGGCUCUGCGGAGAGUACAGCUAACCGGCGCAGGGUGGGGGUGAGGGUGGGCCGGGGGAGGGGUUAAACUCGACAACAUCAACAUGUGCUGAGCUGUGGUCACUAAGCCCCUGCAACCUGCUGCAAGCUUUAGACACUGCUGCCUUAGAAGACUGGCAAAAUGCUCACAGUGUGAGGACGCCCUCUGCAGCCUGGUGACAGCGGUGGGCAGGAGUGGCACACUGGUGGGGGUGGUGCUGCUUGGGCGCAGGCUGAUGGCAUGUUAGGUGGGUGAAACGCGGACUUGCUCCAGCUGCCCUCGCUGGAAAGAGCAGCGCCCACCCCCUGGCAUGAAAGAACCCUUAAUGUCCACUGGGGGCAGUGUUUUAGGCUUGGCUGGUGCAAUGGCUUUUGCUCCCCCCCAAAAAAAAACCUGUCCUUUUUACUGUGGUUUGAGGGCCCGUUUCACCUUUUCAGCGAACGUUAAAAAGCUGCACCUCCGGUGCCUGUAUGCGCCAGGUUGCAGAGGAGUCACCGACAAUGCAAUGCUCAGAUACCUGUUGUUGCCAGUGAGUGCCUUGCCUUUACUGCUUCAGACUGGAUUGCUUCGAACUCCUCUGAAGAUUUCUUCUAAUAAAACAUCUCAAGUUCA